AUGUAGUACAUCCUUGUUUUCUACUACUUUGGGGAGCUUACAGGAACAAGCUAUUAAUAUUUGGGGUUUUUUCUCGCAGAUUGAAAUGGAAUUUUGUGGGGGUGGAACACUCUCCGAACUGAUUGACAACCCAUUAAAUAGAGGUCUUCCCGAACCUUUCAUUGCUUAUAUAUGUCGGAAAGUCUUAAAGGGUCUGUCACACCUCCACAAAAACAAGAUAAUGCACCAAGACAUCAAGGCCCUUAAUAUUGCCAUAACCGAAGACACCGGUAUACAUUUAAUUGAUUUUGGGCUUGCACGAAAAGUGAAAAGAUUCCAGCGUUGUAAAGAGCUACGGGGAACACCACACUACAUAGCACCGGAAGUGUGGACAUGCAGCUCACAUGAUUUCAAGUGCGACAUAUGGGCUUUGGGCAUUACAGACAUUCAGAUGGCAGAAGCAAGAUGCCCACUGGUCCAUUUACAGCCAGAAGAAGUUGGAGAAGAAAUCAUUUUUUUGCGAUCCUCCAACUCUUAAGUCAACCAUACAGAUGGUCUACAGCGUUUAACUCAUUUAUUGAGGUCUGUCUAACCAAGAAUCCCAAAGACAGACCAACGGCUGCGUUUCUGCUCCAAAAUCAUCCUUUCAUAGCAGAUAUACAGGAUGAAAUGCAAGUGAUAGCAGAAUUGAAAGACUUAGUCAGAAGACAAGGUAAGGGACUAGUAUAGAAAUGAGGAUUAUUAUCAAUUCAGGCAUUAUCAAACAUAGAUAAAUACGAUCCUACAUUUUAUUUUACUUAUUUAUUUUAUUUGCAGAAGAAAGAGCUAGAAUAGAAUCCAUUGAGAAAAUAUCUGAGAUGCCAGAUAAGAAUACAAGAUCCAAUGAUGUAGAUCUAGCCUCAAAACCAGCAGAAGACAUUCCUAGUGCUGCUGUAGAAGAAGUGCCCAGUGACGUUGUUGUGUCACUGGACACAAAAAUAGAAGAAACUGCAGAGAAUGCUGAAGAUGAAGAGCUAGCCUCAAAACCAGCAGAAGACAUUCCUAAUACUGCUGUAGAAGAAGUAAACAGUGACGUUGUUGUGUCACUGGACACAAAAAUAGAAAAAACAGCAGAGAAUGCUGAAGAAACUGCUUCAGAGAUUCAGGUGGAUGAACCAGCCAGUGAAGUUGUGGAGGCAAUUUUACCACAAGAUGUCGGCUCAACCGACAUUGAGGAGAAACAGGACACCAUAUAUCAUAUUAACAUAGGUGAAUCUGAGAAGGAUAUUGAAGGCUCAACUACACCUAUGGAGGACCACUUCAGUCCAGUGAAGGAGCCCCAGAACUGUCAGUUCCUCAGGAGUUGUCUCCACAAGAGGAAGUCGGCUCAACCGACACUGAAGAGGAACAGACCACUGUUUGCCAUAUUGACAUGGGUGAUUCUGAGGAGGCUCCACAUAGUUGCUGGCACUCUAUUAUUAUACAAGGACAUGAGGCUUUUUGUAAAAUGUUUUUCUACAUUGGGAAGUAUGGAAAAGAGUAGGAAGGAGGCACAUUUCAUUAGAUAUAGACAUAAAAGUUGAACUAUGUGUA